AUGGAAAAGCUUCUCAGUGAUUUGGAUCUACCAGAGAAUUUGAUAAAAAUUUUGAUGAAUGAGACCUCGGAUUGCCCAUUUAAUAAACGGUUGUUUUUCAGUCGAGAAGACGCAACUAAUUCCGGUGCUUUGAAUUAUGCACAGGCAGUUGCGGAUUUAUUUGAUUCUUGCGAGCAGCAAAGUGACACCAAAACGUCAACACAUGAGCAUCUAUUUGUAGAUACUAUUGCACUGAAUCAACAACAUGAUACUCAAAAUACUCAACAACAAGUAACAGGAUUUGAUCAGGAACCAACUAUUCCGACGUCUAGCAGCCCGGUAUCAGCAAAAUAUAACUCUGAUUUGCAGUUGUUGGAUCUAAAAGUGAACCGGCAGGCAGAAACAUAUCCCGAUUUUCUAGCUUGCAAAUCUGGAUUACGGCCACUUAGUGCAGACACAGAUAAUCAAUACUCCGGAGCCCUACAUGAAACACCCUCGGAGAAACUUCAUAAAUUACCCGAUGAAAAUGGGUCAAUUAUUCUACCCGUUUUUACUCCAGGCUUCCUAAGAAACUUACUCGAGAAGAACGAGACGGGGAAAGAUAUCCUGGAACGAACAAAAAUUGGAGAACUAUCAGAUACAAAACAAUUGCAGUUAGCUGGUAUAAUCGCUCGUCACCAUCUAAUAUGCAAGAAAAAACUUCGAACAGAAGAUUUGGAAGUCUAUAGCCUAGCUGUCACCACGUUGUUAAAGUCAGAAAAAAGGAAAAUUAUUACACAAAAUAGCAAACAAAAUUAAUAACUUGAAGCAAAGUAUGCGAAAAAACGAUAUAAAAGAAAGCCAACAUGCGAAGAAAUUAAAAUCUUACAUUGAGUCUGAUGACUUGAGUCUCACCGAUGCAACAGAGUGGUUAAUCCUUAACGUACAACCUUGGUCAAUAGUUUUAGACAAGUGGGCAUCCAGUUUCUGCAAUAGAAAAAAAUAUUUGCGGAAUGUUAGAUUAGUGUCGAAGUUGAUCAAAGAAUUUCCCCAUUACACAAACG